AUGUCAUCGUACUUGCCCGACCUAAACCCAACCACGACUGGACGAGUGCACGGCUCGGACACCAAAAGACAGUCACGCGAAGAAAGAGCUGAGGAUAUUCAAGACCAGCGGGCAAAGUACGAGCAAAGCAUGUUUGGAGUGAGCUCAAAUGGCGACCGAACGUUCAGCCAUGUACGCACCAAUGUACCAGUGAAUUCGGAAAGCGAAGCUGGGCUAAAUAGAAACGAAGAGGGCUCGUUUUACUCGUAUAAUUCGACACGAGAUGUUCGGCUGUUCGUCAAAGAGAUGCACGGCAGGAUCUGGAACAGUAUGAACGAGACCUAUCUUUUACCGUCAGAUGACAUGGAGUGGAACCGUUUAGAUAAACAACAUCUAGCGCAUCUUAUCGGUCUCGGCGGACUCUAUCCAUGUGCAGAGCAAGUCGAAGCGGUCCUCGCGCCAGUGGAAGGGACCACAAAGCGUAUACUCGAUGUCGGAUGUGGCACAGGAAGCUGGAUACUUGAAAUGGCGGAACGCUUCCCUCAUGCCCUCGCCAUGGGCGUUGACUUAGCACCUACUCCAUUCGAUACGUCUCUUUUCCCUUCUAAUCUCCGAAUCGAAAUCGACGACAUUAACCUCGGACUUUGCCACUUUUAUGGCCAAUUCGACCUUGUACACAUGCGUUGUGUCCUUGGUGGAAUACAAAAUAUUGACAAGACUCUCGCGGAUUUGUUUCUUUGCUUAAAUCCUGGUGGGAUGUUAAUAAUUGUGGAUGGGGGAAGCCAUUUUCUCAGUGAUCCUGGAACUAUUGGGCGGAUGCGAAGGGUUCAUGGAGAUGAGGCCGACGCCACCGCAACGAGUGAAGAUGGCUCGUGGUUGAAUCGACUUCACUGGGAGGCUAGUCAAGGGUGCAAGAUUGCGGGUGCUAGUGUCGAUCGCUCACAAGAGGUUCUGAGUGGAGGAUUAUGGGAUCAAUCACUCUGUGAGCAGGAAUCUGUGGCAAGCGGAAGUUACUUUCUUCCUAUUGGUCCAUGGGCUCAAGGGAACAAUGUCGCACAAACCCAGCAGUUGCACUAUGGUGGCUUACUCAUGCGGCAAUCACUCAUGAGCAUACAUCGUGCAUUUCACUCUAUUCUACUCCGACAUGGUAUGACUCAAGACGUGCUCGACGCAUGGUCCCAAGAGAUUGACCAAGAGCUCAACACUUCACGGUGCAAAUCAUGGGUUCGAUUCCACUUCAAUGUCGCCCGUCGACGGCUUGAGCAAGACUCGACACCUGGAGUGAACUCGGAACGUUCUCUACCACGAAUUGAACCUCGACCACGCGAUGAAAACAGUUACCCUGCAUUUGAAAUAUUCUAUGAUAAAGAGACAGCAAGAGCAACUGCGGCCAAGAGGGAGGAGACAAUAGGCAAAUUGCCGACAGCAUGUGUUUCGACGCCGGUUCUCGAAGACAUAAAUCAUGGCCAGCAACCUCCCCGAUACGGAAUUCGAUUGCCUGUCGGUGAGCGACAGCUUGGACACUGCCGAGUAGUGGAGGCUACUGAUGAGCGGUACCACGGAAACAAGGAUGUCGAGGUGCCCAUUCCGUUCCACAGUGCAGCAAGCUCAAACGAAGUAAUCCGAGUUCAAUUGCCGACACCCUAG